GGAAGGAUCUCAUUUUGGGCCGCUGAGAGCAACCUGGGACGAUGAGGACUAUGCUGGUGGUACUGCUGGCCGCUGCCCUGUGUAUGGGGCAAGCUCACGCUCUCUAUUGCUUCACCUGUGAAUGGGAAUCCAGCAACUGGAAAUGUCUGAACUUGACAAAGUGCACGGAUGAGGACUCCUUCUGUGUGACGAACAUAGCCGCUAUAGACGUUGUUGGCUGGAAACUGGGGAAGAAGAUCAACAAGAAAUGCUCCCCUCACUGCCCAGACUCCAACGUGCACAUGGGCAUAGCCUCUUUCUCCACUUCUUGCUGCAAGUCUUCCCUCUGCAACCUCUUUGCCAUCCCAACAUCGAAAUCACCUCCGCAGUGAGGCAGGAGGAGGGCUGGGCUCAGAGACAGAUGGCGUCACAGCAGGAAAAGGACAGGGGUAACUCUCAAAACCCUGCUCUGAUUUCCCCAGGAAGAGCUCGACGUCCUCCACGCCCUGGGAUUAAGGAUGCACUAUGUCACUCUCCUCUUGCUUCAGGGCCUCUGAAGACACAUCUCUUCUCUUCUUUUCAUACUUGGGUGCGGUCAUCAGGUGCAUCCCCGGGUGGAUGCAAUGUCUUGCCUCUCUUGAAAGCUCCUGCCCCUUGUAGCCCAGCAAAACAAGAGGACAUCCUCUAGCUGGUGUUACGCAGAGCAUGGCUCCAUCCUGCACCCUCUCAUGGGAGUCCUUAGGGACUAUUGCAAUAUUAGGGAGUAUGCUCACCAGGGGAUGUUGAAGCCUGAAUGGCCAGUCGGUUCCUGGAAACCUCUUCCCAGUGUCACGCUAGAAAGGAAGCUGCCCUUCAGGAGGAUAAGAAGAUGCUCAGGAUGUCCUCACAACCAUACACACCCAUCAGACACUCUCAGCUCUUUCCAAGUCCACCUAGCUCCUAAAGACGCACAAUCCUCACAUCUUCCCUUUCCAAAGAAAAGCGCUUUCCAUCCUGGUGUGGCUGGGGUGGAGACUGUUUUGACGUGGGUUUCUAUAUCCAGUGGGUUCCUGAGAUUGAGAGUGAUAUAGAGAGAGCAAAAUUCAUAGAUAAAACCACAAGGUUCUCCCUGGCCCUUUGUAAUCCUUUGCUGGGGAAGGGCAGAUCCAGCCUAGACUGCCAGAGAUGCUCCCUUCUUUACGCCAAACUCCUAUUCCCUCUCAGCAGACCUUAUGCUUAGCUUUAUCUGUAAUGAAGUAUCUUAAGAUCAUGGUACUUCUCAAUGCCUUUCUGUAUCAAAUCCUAGAAAAUGAGAGUGGAAGGGACCUCAGGACAUCACAUCUAGUCCAACCCCCUGCUCCAAGCAGGACCAGCCCCAAC